AUGGUCAGCUUUAUCUGUGACAGUUGUCAAGAGACUAUCAGGAAACCAAAGGCUGAGCAGCAUUUCGGUCGUUGUCGCGAUGCCCAACUAACGUGCUUGGAUUGCUCCCAGACAUUCUACGGCUCCGCUUACAAAACACAUACUAAUUGCAUUACUGAGCAGGAAAAGUAUCAAAAAACUCUCUUCCAGGGGAAAAAGAACAAUAAACAGAAUGGCAAUAAAAUUUCCAGAUGGGUUGAGCGUCCGCGUGAACAAGAAAGCGAAAGCGAAAGUGGGAAUGAAAGCGAUGUUAAGAGCGAAAUAGAAGUAACCAAGGAAAGUGCAACCAAGAACAAAACUCCAUCUAAUAAAUCAAGCGAAGGCGAGAGCGAGAGCGAGGUUGAUAGUAUAAUUGAGAAAGUUGAGAUAAAUGGGGAUAGUAAAAGUUCAUCCGAUGAAUCAAAUGGAGAGAGUGAAACGGACAGCGAAAGCGAGGGUGAGAGCGCAAGUAAAAAAGUUGAGGCGAACGAAGAUACUAAGAAUGAAUCAAACGAAAGCGAAAGUGAAAAUGAGAAAGUUCAGUCAAAAGCGGUAAAUAAUGCUAAGGGCACAUCGAACAAUUCCAGUGAAGGCGAGAGUGAAAUUGAGACAAAUGCAGUAAAGAAUACCAAGGGCUCAACCGACGAAUCAAGUGAGAAUGAGAGUGAAACCGAGGAGGUCAAGUCAAGGACAAAGACUAAGAGCUUAUCCGACGAAUCAAGCGACGACGCUGAUAACGAAAGUGAGAGUGAUAAUGAGACUGAUAGUGAGAGUGAUGAUGAGAACGAAAGUGAGAAUGAGAAAACUAAGACAGACACAGUAAAGAACACAGUAAAAAACACGGUAAAAAACACAGUAAAAAACACUAACGGCUCUUCUGAUGAAUCAGGCGAAAGCAAUAGUGAAAGUGAGAAAACUAAGACAAACAAUGUAAAUAACACUGAUAGCUCGUCCGAUAAAUUGAGUGAAAGUGAUUCUGAUGAAGAUCUUGCAUCGACUACUGGUUCGAAAAACAACCGAAAAUUGGAGUCUAGUUUGACACAGUCCAAAAAAUCUUCGGAAGAUGAACAGACUAACCCCUCGCGGAAAGCUGCUUCUAAAACGGUAUCACCUAAUGGAAAAACUUUGAAUGAACAAGUCUCCGGCUCAUUUGAAAAGAGAUCGGAGGUAGAGGCAAAGACGAAAUCAAAAAGAGCCAAUAAUAGUCAAGACGAUUCGGAAUAUGAACCCGGCAGUUUAGCAUCUUCUGAAAGUGAUGAAAGUUCGAAACAAUCAAAGAAAGCUGUCCAAGCAAGAAAGAAACCAAGGUUGUCUGAUCCUACAAUAAAGGCCAUCUCGUCAAAAGAAUCGGUUAACAACAGUACGGAUAACAACAGUACGGAGACAAUAUUAAAUAAAUCUCAGCCCAAUGGGAAAUCCUCAACUCAGAAGGAUAAAAGCGAACCCGGCGAUUCAAUCUCUUCUGAAAGUAAACACCCUGCGGACGAAGAUAACGCACUUCCCGCCAAAAGGCGUAAACUCAACAGUAGCAUGAUUGCAAAUGAGUCGGAUUUUGGUUUGAGCAUGCCUGCAACUGUGCGAGAUACACUUAAGCAAGUAAAGGAGAAGGAACUUUCGCUUGAUAAAUUGCAAGAACUCGUAGUCCAGAGGUUUACCUCAGUUCCCACGAAUAGUACUUCGCCCGAGGAGUUGAGAAGCCAGUUUCUCAAAAAUAUCGUAUUAGUACAGAAUGCGAGAAGUAUAACAGUGAAGAAGUGA